GAUGAUUGCGAUUUAAUUUUUUGGGAUGGAUCUUAUACCGCUGUAAUAUAUUCUCAAUUGUAGAUAAUAAUCCUUAUGUUAAUGGGUAUAUGAUGAGUACUUGGAGUUAGUUAGUUAGUUAAGGGUUAGCAUUUAGAGUUAGUUAGUUAGUUAUGGCUUAGCCUAUAAAUAAGAGAGUGUGAAGAGGGUUUAGGUAUCUUUGGGAUCAUUUGGGAAUUGGGAAUUAGGAGAGUGAUGAGUCUCUCGAAUACACAUCUGUUUCUUGUACAUUUUUCUGUUGAAUAAUAUCAGGGUUUCAUCAAUUGGUAUCAGAGCACCGAUCUAGGUGCUGUGAUUGCCAUCAAUUCGUGAAGAUGUUUCCAGAAUUUGAUGGAAGAGAGGCCUACGGAUGGCUCAUUAUGGUGGAGCAACACUGUGAGGCCAAGGGAGUAUCCGAAGAGGAGAAAUUCUCAGGGGCAGAGAAGGCUUUGACUGGUGAAGCUUUCAUGUGGUGGUUUUGCUGGAGAAGACGCAAUCAGAAGGCAACAUGGUGGGAAUUUGUGGAGGCUCUGUUGAGGAAAUUCGAACCAGAAUUGGAACCGUACAUGCCAGAACCAGUCCAAGAUUCAGAGGAGGAAGAAAUCCCUGGGAAGCAAGAAGUCUUGGAGGCAGAACGAAGAACUGUUGUGGUGGAAGCCAAACCUGAGGCCAAUUCAGUGCUGUUGGCGAAAUCAGAGAUCAAGCCAUAUUCGCCGGAGAAUUCUGAGAUGGAAGCGUCGCGGAAAGACUCGGAGUUUGCAAUGGCGGCGGAGCAAACAGCGGAGGUGUCACGGUGUCAACCGGUCACCGUGGUUGAUUACAUCGAUUGCACGUUGACGGCGAAAGGGGAGAAGAUCGACGCCGAAGGGGAAAUCAAAAUCAAGCGGUUACAGGAAGGUUCUUCAAUGGAGAAAUGGCAGAUUUGCAGCAUUCAUGGGAGGAAGAAGGUGCAACCAAUCGUUUUGCCCCAAAUCAGUGAUUUAGGAUUCGAUUGGGAGAGACGGCCGCCGCGGAAACCGCCGGAUUCAUGUCUCUGCACGGCGGUAACCGCCAAUCGACUGCCGGACACGUUCAUUCAGACCUCUGUUCUUUGCUCUUCGAUGGUUGCCAUUCAACUGGAGACUAAGCCACCAGACCGCAGUGGUGGCAGCUCACACUUCAUCCUUGGCGAUUCUUGCAGAUCGGACUUGGUGGCCAACCGUCCUCCAGCUAUGUCACCGGAUUUGGCUGAGACAGCGGUGGUGGGAUACUGUGGCCUCGAGUUAGUUCGCACGGAGGAGAGUAAAGGGCGCUCGCUCAUUCGCAAGUCGGUAACCGUUUCACGGCCGCCGGCGAAGCCACCGGACUUUGCAGUUAUGGCGGGGGACGUUCGUUUCCGUCGUCGCUGGUUGGGUGUGGUCUUUCCGUUGUCUUCACACGCACACGCGUUCACACGAAGCAGAGCAAGGCUGGCUCAGCUAGAUUUUUCAGAAUUGGGUCAAAGUUUGACCACAAGGCCAAAGCCCAUAAUGCUAAACAGAAGGAACGGGCCCAAGAGGAACUUUUCUUUCUCAAUCAUCUACAGACCAGUUCAUUCCCUUACUCUAAUGGGCCAGGCCCAACUGUUGGAGUAUUUGUUUUUUGUUUGUUUAAAGAAGCUUGUGUUUUACCCCACCUUGAGGACAAGGUGGAUGUUUAGGGGGGAGUAUUGAUGAGUACUUGGAGUUAGUUAGUUAGUUAAGGGUUAGCAUUUAGAGUUAGUUAGUUAGUUAUGGCUUAGCCUAUAAAUAAGGGAGUGUGAAGAGGGUUUAGGUAUCUUUGGGAUCAUUUGGGAAUUGGGAAUUAGGAGAGUGAUGAGUCUCUCGAAUACUCAUCUGUUUCUUGUACAUUUUUCUGUUGAAUAAUAUCAGGGUUUCAUCA